AUGGCUUCGAACCUUACACCAGCAACACACGCCCCGGAUGGUCGAGUUAGCAAUCUCAUCAACCCCACUGGUGUUGGGUAUCGGAUCACCAUCACCAAUAUUGUCUGCAUAGUUCUCUUCAUGAUUGUAGUAGUUGUCCGUCUGUUUACUCGGAUAUUCCUUAAUAAAUCGUUUGGUCACGAUGACUGUAAGCGUUCAUCUUCCUGCUACUGCUUUUUGAAAUGGCAUACUGAUAUCCAGUCAAGCACUCAUCCUUUUGCUACUGCAUCGUUCUUGGCCAUUAUGGGCGUCUUCCAAUGGAUGGUGUCACUUGGAUUAGGCAAACAUCUCUGGGACGUACCGCUGGAUGACUAUUCACCCAACUUUCUCCGCGCCUGGCUCACGGUAGCCGUACUCUACUCGGCAUGCAUGCUCACCAUGAAGUUGUCGGUGCUCAUGCUGUAUCGUCGACUGUUUCCUAUCCAGAACUUUCGGAUACAGUGGUGGUGUGCAUUCUUGUUUGUCAACGCUUACAGCGUGAUGUUCAUCUUCGCAUCACUAUUUUCUUGCUCGCCGAUUUCAGCAGCAUGGGAUUUUACAGUAUCAGAGCAUAAGUGCAUCAACAGGACAGCUUUAUAUAUCGCCUACACUGUCAUGAACAGUAUCAGCACUUGGUGGAUUCUACUAAUGCCCAUGCCAAUUGUCUGGAGCCUUGCCUUGAAGAACGACCAAAAAUAUCUUCUUACUUCUCUAUUCGCCCUCGGAUCAUUACCUUGCGUCACAAGCAUAGCCAGACUAAAAGUCCUUGUCGACUGGCUUCACCAUGGUGCCAAUGACAACGACAUCACCUACACCCUAUGGGACAUAGUCCUCUGGACACAACUCGAACUCACCGUCUGCAUGAUCUGCGCAUGCGGCCCUACCCUCCGCACCUUCAUAGACCGCCAGAUCAAGAUCGUCAAAACAAUCACCAGCGAGCGCAGUUGGAGCAAAUCCUGGGUCUCGCGCAGCUGGAGCAAGACUUGGGGAAGCAGUUCCUCGCGCUCACGUUCACAUUCCAACUCGCAUGGCGCUUCUUCCUAUGGCACCGAUACCACGCUCGCAAAAUCUACACGUCUGGGCUCGGAUGCCAGUCAAUUGCCCAAUUUCAUUGAGAUGCUGCAGGGCAGGGGUACGAAAAACAAGGCAUUGAUAACGAGUAAUGAUGCCGGUGUGGAUUCGGCGAGUAUGGAGCAUAUUGUCGAUGAAGACGAGUUCCAUGCUAAACCUGACCAAGAGGGGAUUAUGGUGCAUACGUCUUACCAAGUUAGGACGGUGAGAGAGGACGUGUGA